AUCCAGCCGCUCAUUCCUCUUUCAAAAACAAACACAUCCUACUCAUCUUGCAGUCGACGGCCUUGUCUCCUGAUUAAGGUGCACUCCUUAAUCCUACUGCACGCUUCUUCUUUCAAAAUCUCCACCAAGUCCCAGAUCUCCAACCGACCCGACCCGACCCGACCGGAGGAGGGCAGAGGACCUGGUUGUGUAAACUCAUAAAGGCGAUGAACGCUUCGAUAAUCGACCCAUUGCAAGGAGAUUUCCCAGAAGUGAUAGAGGAGUAUUUGGAACAUGGGGUUAUGAAAUGCAUCGCCUUUAAUCGCCGUGGUACCCUUCUUGCUGCUGGGUGCUCUGAUGGAAAUUGUGUCAUAUGGGAUUUUGAGACCAGGGGUAUUGCUAAGGAGCUUCGUGAUAAAGACUGUGUUGCUGCCAUAACUAGUGUAUGUUGGUCAAAGUAUGGCCAUCGCAUUCUCGUGUCUGCUGCUGACAAGUCGUUGACACUAUGGGAUGUUGUCAGUGGUGAGAAAAUCACUAGAACGAUACUCCAACAAACCCCUCUACAAGCUCGGCUACAUCCUGGUUCCUCUACUCCAUCUCUCUGCUUGGCAUGCCCCCUCUCAUCUGCUCCCAUCAUUGUUGACUUGAAUGCAGGAAGCACAACUGUUCUUCCAGUUUCCAUUCCUGACGUUAACCCAGGACUUGCCCCUUCAUCACGGAACAAAAUUUCUGAUGGCACUCCUUUUUCUCCUACUGCCGCUUGCUUUAAUAAGUAUGGGGAUCUGGUUUAUGCGGGGAACUCGAAAGGUGAAAUACUUUUAAUAGAUUACAAAAGUGUCCAAGUGCGUGCCAUGGUUCCUGUUUCUGGAGGUUCUGUGAUUAAGAACAUAGUGUUCAGCAGGAAUGGACAGUAUCUGCUUACAAAUUCAAACGAUAGAACAAUCAGGAUCUAUGAGAACCUUCUCCCCUCGAAAGAUGGACUUAAAGCCCUAGGUGACCUAAAUGUGACCCAGGAUGGGAUUGAUGAUAGUGUUGAGAAGUUGAAAGCAGUUGGAUCGAAAUGCUUAACCCUUUUCCGUGAGUUUCAAGAUGCCAUCACAAAGAUGCAUUGGAAAGCACCUUGUUUCAGUGGUGAUGGUGAGUGGGUGAUUGGCGGUUCUGCAAGCAAAGGGGAACACAAGAUUUACAUAUGGGAUAGGGCCGGGCAUCUUGUGAAAAUUCUGGAAGGGCCAAAGGAAGCCUUGAUAGAUUUAGUAUGGCAUCCUGUUCACCCAAUUGUUGUCUCUGUUUCACUGACUGGUUUGGUUUAUAUCUGGGCCAAAGAUUACACUGAGAACUGGAGUGCAUUUGCUCCUGAUUUCAAAGAGCUUGAGGAAAAUGAGGAAUAUGUAGAACGAGAAGAUGAAUUUGAUCUGAUCCCUGAAACUGAAAAGGUGAAAGAAUCUGAUGUUAAUGAAGAUGAUGAAGUUGAUAUUGUGACAGUGGAGAAGGAUUCAGCUUUCAGUGAUUCAGAUAUGUCACAGGAGGAGCUAUGCUUUUUACCUGCAAUUCCUUAUCCUGAUGUUCCUGAGCAGCAAGAUAAGUGCAUAGAAAGUUCAUCGAAGUUGGUGGAUAGCAAUAAUUCUGGCUCCCCCAUUUCAGAAGAGGGCCGACCAAAUGGACGUGCAAAUAAUCAUGCAUCAAGUCCACUUGAAGAGGAUGCUGGUGCGACACGGUUGAAAAGAAAACGGAAGCCUUCUGAGAAGGGGAUGGAGUUUCAGGCUUAGAAGGUAGCACUUAUAUUUAUAUAUCCUUCCCAAAGGUAAGGGACCUGUGUUUUAUUGAUGUCUGCCUUAUUUUUAUGUUCUGCAGUCUUCAACAACAGCAAAAUGACCACAAUUAAUGUUACAAGGUAUGACAAUCUCUUGCAUCUCCAGACUUGGUACCUAUUACAGUGGCAAGGACAAAAUAUUGUGAUGACUCAUGGGCCAAGUAUUACAUUGCUCCAGCAAAUCAACGUCGAAUUCAAUCAACUGGCACCCUCGAGUAUUCUGCUCUCUCUUUCCACCGAUGGGCACCUUGCUCUGUUUUACAGGGAAUUUUAAGCUCCCAUGAAUAUAGUACUUUUUGGAAUGAGCAUAGCGCCAGGGAAGAGGCUCAGUCUCAGAGUUACUUGCGCCGUGGUACUGCGAUUACUUGGACCGGAAGCUUAUGAGCUCUUUUGUUCCAAAGAACAUGUCAAGCAUAUGCCUGUCUCUUCACCUCCGUAGCACCCGUGGAAAAAUUCCUAUUUGGAAAAGUUGAUUCGGAUUUUGAGCUUUGCGGGCAUUUUCUUACAGAAUUUAGGGUGAUUAGAAGAGCUCUAGAUGAUUUUUGUGUAUGUUGUAUGAUUAAAUCAUCUGUGUGUUUGACAAAGCGGCUUACAUAAGCUUAGUUCAGUAAAAAUGACCAAAUUUGAUCCUCAUAGUAUGGGUGUAUUUCCGUUAGGGUUUUAUCUAUGGUAUCCUUGUACAUAAGCUUAGUUCAGUAAAGAAUUCGCCAAUUUGUUGGAGUUUA